GAAAUAGAGGUAGCUGGAUUUGGAAUUCUCACCAAAUUUUGUUAUGAUUUGUCAAGUUUAUUGCUUGGAGGAAAACACAAGUUCUACUUUGUGUGAAUCCGAUACGAAGACCACUGGAGAUGUAUCCGGUAUUGUUGCUACGGAGAAUAAGAAAGAGUCAAAGGAAAUCAUCGUUGAUAUUAAUUACAAAGGAGGAAGCUCUAUAAAUGAUCAUGGUAAUGGUGAUGUUCAUGAGACGAAGGAUCAACAACAACAUGCCAAGGCUGAUAGUUCCUUUCUUCAUUCAGUUCUCAACAUGUCUGGAAUUCUCAUAGGUCUUGGACAGCUAUCGACACCCUACGCAGUACAAAAUGGUGGAUGGGCUUCGGCUUUCCUUCUAAUAGGAUUUGGAAUAAUAUGUGCAUAUACUUCACAUCUGUUAGCCGAAUGUCUCAAAAAAAAUGUCAAGUUAAGAAACUAUCCAGACAUUGCGCAGUAUACCUUUGGGAAGAAAGGAAGGCUUAUAGCUUCAAUCUUCAUGUACAUGGAAAUCUUUAUGUCGCUGGUUUCUUUCACGAUUUCGCUACACGAUAACUUGGGUCAAGUAUUUCUUGGAGUUAAACUCCUUGAUUUGUCAUGGAUUAAUACAGCUCAAGCUCUGACAGUGAUUGCAAUUAUAAUAGCAUUACCCACUGUUUGGUUAAGAGAUCUCUCGAAAAUAUCAUUUCUUUCUACGGCGGGUAUUCUCAUGUCGCUUGUUAUCUUUGUCACGGUAGGAUGUACUGCUGCAUUUGGUGGUAUUAAAGCUAACCAAUCUAUACCGGUGCUUCAACUAAGAAACAUUCCUGCAGUAUCUGGCUUAUAUAUCUUCAGUUUUGCUUCUCAUGUCCUCUUUCCUGAUAUUUACAAAUCCAUGAAAGAUCCUUCUGAAUUCACUAAGGUAUCCAUUGCGAGCUUUGGCUUGGUUACAAUAUUCUACACGGCAUUGGGGUUCAUGGGUGCCAAGUUGUUCGGGUCUGGAGUGAGCUCACAGAUCACGCUUAGCAUGCCAAGACAUCUCAUUAUCACAAAAACAGCAUUGUGGGCAGUAGUCUUAACACCACUGACAAAAUACGCAUUUGAACUCGUACCUGUAGCAUCCAUAGUUGAACGCAAGCUACCCUCUUCAAUGAGUGUAAAAAAGAAAAUGUUCGUUAGGGGUACUGUAGGAUCUUUGCUGCUCAUAUUUGUUCUAAUUUUAGCUCUCACGGUUCCUUAUUUUGAAAACGUUCUCGGCUUAACCGGUUCACUAGUUAGCAUUAGUGUCUCAAUCAUAUACCCUUGUGCUUUUUACAUUAAGAUCUUUAGGCCUCGGUUAUCAAAGAUAGCUCUAGCGUUCAAUGUAGUUCUUAUAAUUUUUGGUUUAGUUUUGGGGAUUAUGGGUACUGUUUCAUCCUCAAAAUCACUUGUACAAAACCUUGGAAAACAAUGGUAA